CGGCCUGGGGCCAGCGAGCUGGCAGGAUGGAGCGCAGACGCGCAUCCUCUGCCCACCGCGCAUCCUCUGCCCACCGCUCCUAUGUCUCCUCCUUGGAGACUGUGGUCGGGGGCCUGGGAGCUAUGCGCCGCCUGGGUCCUGGCCCCCGCCUGGGCCUGGCCUGGAUGGCUCCUCCACUCCCUGCUCGGGUGGACUUUUCCCUGGCUGGGGCUCUCAACGCUGGCUUCAAGGAGACGCGGGCCAGCGAGCGGGCCCAGAUGAUGGAACUCAACGACCGCUUCGCCAGCUACAUUGAGAAGGUCCGCUUUCUGGAGCAGCAGAACAAGGCGCUGGCCGCAGAGCUGAACCAGCUAAGGGCCGCCGAGCCCACCCGGCUGGCCGAUGUCUACCAGGCCGAGCUGCGGGAACUGCGCCUGCGGCUGGACCAGCUCACGGCAGGCAGCGCCCGGCUGGAGGUGGAGCGUGACAACCUGGCCCAGGACCUGGGCACCCUGCGACAGAAGCUGCAAGAUGAAGCCACCCUGCGGCUGGAGGCCGAGAACAGCCUGGCCAGCUAUAGACAGGAAGCUGAUGAUGCUACACUGGCCCGGCUCGACCUGAAGAGAAAAAUUGAGUCUCUGGAGGAGGAGAUCCGAUUCCUGAGGAAGAUCCAUGAGGAGGAGGUGCAGGAGCUCCAGGAGCAGCUGGCCAGGCAGCAAGUCCACGUGGAGAUGGACAUGGCCAAGCCAGACCUCACAGCAGCUCUGAGGGAGAUCCGCAUGCAGUAUGAAGCUGCAGCCUCCAGCAACAUGCAGGAGGCGGAAGAGUGGUACCGCUCCAAGUUCACCGACCUCACGGAUGCGGCUGCCCGAAAUGCUGAGCUGCUGCGCCAGGCCAAGCAUGAGGCCAAUGACUACCGGCGCCAAUUGCAGGCCCUGACCUGUGACCUGGAGUCCCUGCGGGGCACGAAUGAGUCCCUGGAGCGCCAGAUGCGGGAGCAGGAGGAGCGCCACAGUCAAGAGGCAUCCAGCUACCAGGAGGCGCUGGCCCGGCUGGAGGAGGAGGGCCGGGGCCUCAAGGACGAGAUGGCCCGGCACCUGCAGGAGUACCAGGAGCUGCUCAGUGUCAAGCUGGCCCUGGACAUCGAGAUUGCCACCUACCGGAAGCUGCUGGAGGGCGAGGAGAACCGGAUCACCAUUCCUGUGCAGACCUUCUCCAACCUGCAGAUCCGAGGGAACUGCUGGGCUGUUAGAAAGCCGGGGCCAGGGCUGAGGGACAGUGGUGCAAUGACAGCAUGGAGGGGCCAGAGCCUUCCAAGGGAAGCACAGCCACAAACCUGCAGGAGCAGCUGCCCAGUGGCCUCCUCUCUGCCCACAGAGACCAGCCUGGACACCAAGUCCAUGUCCGAGGGCCACCUCAAGAGGAACAUCGUGGUCAAGACGGUGGAGAUGCGUGAUGGGGAGGUCAUUAAGGAGUCCAAGCAGGAGCACAAGGAUGCCGUGUGAGGCGAGGGCAGCUGGCCCUCCACAGCUGAGCCCCAUCAGGCCAGCCAACCCCUACUUCCUGUCUCCAUGCCAGCUUGCCACACUGUCACACUAGGCCUGCCCAGGAACCAGCACCCAGCACCCAGCACCUUGAACUAACAAGAUACUUCCCACAGGGCAGUCAGGAGGGUGAGGCAUCGGCCUGGUUAGAAGUGGGCGGACAGGGGAGAUAGCAAGUUGCAUCUUCUUGUUAUAGCAACUGUCACAAGAGCUGGAGCUAGAGGAGGGAUCAGAGCUGUGGGGGACAGUUGGAGGGGGGAUCUGUCCUUCUAGAAGGACAUCUGGGGAGUGAACAGGCUGCCACCCUGGUGGUCGUGGGACAGAGUCCUGGACUGCGAGGCAGAGUGUGGCUCAGGGGCCUUGAGCUCCAGGCAGGGGUAGGACAUGGGCGCAGGGCUCCUGGCACUGUGGGCACUGUUAAGUGGGGAGGGAAGGGCACCAGGUGGGAGUAAGGUGCUGUAGUCCCAGGCAUGGGUUCAGAGAGGCUGAUACUGGAGGAUGCCCCACAUGCCCGGGGGGAGGUGGUCAGUGCUGUGAGGGGCCGAGGCGGCAGCGAGGAAGUGACUGGUCUGAGGGAACAAAGGGGGAUGUGGCCGGGCUCCAGCACCACAGCUGCCCCAGCUGCAUGUCUCUUCCAACUGCGGCUCUGGCCAGAAGACCACGACCCCCCCAGGGUCACACACCCUCUUCCUAGAACUGAGCACCUUUGGAUUUUAGCAGCACCCCGCUUAUGCCAAGGCCCUCUACCCCUUUUCCCCUUGCUGCGCCUUUGUGGCUGCCCUCCCCAUCCUGGCUGCUGCUGCUGCCGCCCUCACCUGCCCAAGAGAAAUAAAGACCCUACUACACCUUC